UCACAGGUGAGGAGGCGGUUGGACGUGUCGGUACGUGUCGGUAGAGCUCUUUGAGCAUGUGUAGUCUACUAAUGUGUGUAAGCAGAGCUCCUCGUGAAGCAUAAUAAAUUAGGAUUUUUUUAGGGAAGUACUGCAAAUGUAGUUUUAAUGAAGCCUGUUCCUCUGUAUCAGUUGAUUCAUUUUGAACAACAGCAAACCUGUGGCUGUCUAGGUUAUCUGGUUUUCCAGAAACUCUCUUCCUAAUGUGAAGGUUGGCUGUCGUGAGGAUUUACUCCUUACUGGAGGUUGAACGGAAAUCUGACAGAGUCUGGAAUCCAGAAGCUCAUCCAUCAGCCUUGAGUCUCCCUGUGAGAAGCUGCCUCCCUCCACCGAGAUGUCCCGGCAUCACAGCCGCUUUGAAAGAGAGUACCGUGCCAGUUGGGAGCGCCGGGAGUGGACUUCGAAUGGUGUCCCGGCCAACACAAGCAACUGCAACAGCACAGCCAGCAAUAACAGCAUCAACACCCGACCCGGGCUCUUGCCCCUGCCCAUCGUACCUUCCAGACUCCCCACUCCUGUCACGGCCACCUGCACCACCGUCAGCAGCGAAGCCAUCCCUAGUCUUGUGGCCAGCUCGACUGCCGUGUCCACUACCAAGGCCCCCGGUAUCUGUAAGACUGAAAAUCAGCCUCAAGGACUUGCAACCAGCGUGAGGUGGGGACAGACCCCCAUCAAUCAAUCCACGCCCUGGGACACGGAAGAACCUCCAUCUAAACAGAUGAGAGAGACUGAAAAUCCAGGCACUGCCCCGUGGGUCACCACGGUGACCGCUGGAAGCCAGCCAGCCCUCAUAGCUCACUCGUACGGGAUGACCCAGCCUCCCGCCUUCAGCCCCGCGGCCAAUGUCCAGGCCCCCGGCAUUGGGGUGACGCCGUCGCUCCCUCCCCACGUGACCCCCCAGCUCCCCUUAAUGCCGGCCCACUACCAGCUCCCGCAGCCGCCUUCUCAGCCGCUGAGCAACAUGGUGGUCAACUUGCAGAGUCAGCCUCUCUACACCAACAGCCAGCCCAUCACCCUGUCCUCCAUGCCCACGGUGGGCCAGGUGAACCGCCCGGGCCACGCCGCUGUCGGGAACGGUCACAUGACGUGCCCCAUCCUGCCUCCGCCCCCUCCGGCCAUGCCCUCGGCCACCCUCCCCAGUAGCGUCCCGGCUACUAACGGGCAGGCGACCACCCCCGAGCUUCCUCCGGCCCAGACGUCCGGCCAAGAAUCUACCAACGGGGUGCAAAUGUUGCGGACGAUCGGCGUGGGGAAGUACGAGUUCACCGACCCCUGGCAUCCCAAAGAAAUGUUGAAGGAGUUGAACCAGCAACGCAGAGCGAAAGAGUUUACAGACCUGAAAAUUAUUGUUGAAGGCAAAGAGUUUGAAGUCCACCAAAAUGUUCUAGCUUCCUGCAGCUUGUAUUUCAAGGACCUGAUUAAAAGGUCUCCGAGGGAUGGGAGCAGAGGAGCAGAGAAGCUGGAGCUGAACAUGUCAAACCUCCGAGCGGACGUCCUGGAGCUGCUCUUGGAGUUCGUUUACACGGGCUCUUUGAUUAUCGACUCGGCCAAUGCCAAAACCCUUCUGGAAGCGGCCAGCAAGUUCCAGUUCCACACGUUCUGCAAAGUCUGCGUGUCAUUUUUAGAAAAACAGCUGACGGCCAGCAACUGCCUGGGGAUCUUGGCCAUGGCGGAAGCUAUGCAGUGUGGGGAGUUGUACAACAUGGCCAAGGCCUUCGCCCUGCAGAUCUUCCCCGAGGUGGCAGGUCAGGAGGAGAUCCUGAACAUCUCCAAGGAUGACUUCAUUUCCUACAUGUCCAACGACAGCCUGAACACCAAAGCCGAAGAGCUCGUCUACGAGACUGUGAUCAAGUGGAUCAAGAAGGAUUCGGCCGUGCGAGCUCAGUACGCAGCUGAGCUGCUGGCCGUGGUCCGCCUGCCUUACAUCCACCCCAGCUACCUGCUGAACGUCGUCGACAACGAGGAGCUGAUCAAGUCUUCGGAGGCUUGCCGGGACCUCGUGAACGAAGCCAAGCGCUACCACAUGCUGCCUCAUGCCCGGCAGGAGAUGCAGACGCCCAGGACCCGGCCCCGCCUCUCAGCAGGUGUAGCUGAGGUCAUAGUCCUGGUUGGAGGCCGUCAGAUGAUUGGCAUGAACCAGCGGGCUCUCACCGCCGUCACGUGCUUGAAUCCUCAGAACCACAAGUGGUACCCACUGGCCAGUUUGCCCUUCUACGACAGGGAAUUCUUCAGUGUGGUCAGCGCUGGGGACAACAUUUACCUCUCCGGUGGAAUGGAAUCCGGUGUCACCCUGGCUGACGUCUGGUGUUACAUGUCCUUGCUGGAUAACUGGAAUCUGGUCUCCCGAAUGACAGUGCCUCGGUGUCGACAUAACAGCCUGGUCUACGAUGGGAAAAUUUAUACCAUCGGCGGUCUCGGUGUUGCAGGCAACGUGGAUCAUGUAGAGAGAUACGACACCAUCACCAACCAGUGGGAGACGGUGGCAUCCCUGCCCAAGGCGGUGCACUCCGCGGCCGCCACGGUGUGCGGCGGGAAGAUCUACGUGUUCGGUGGCGUGAACGAAGCCAGCCGGGCCGCCGGGGUCCUCCAGUCCUACGUCCCCCAGACCAACUCCUGGAGCUUCAUCGAGUCUCCGAUGAUCGAUAACAAAUACGCGCCUGCCGUCACCCUCAACGGCUUCAUCUUCAUCCUCGGAGGGGCUUAUGCCAGAGCAACCACCAUCUACGACCCGGAGAAAGGCAGCAUCAAGGCCGGCCCCAACAUGAACCAUUCCCGGCAGUUCUGCAGCGCGGUGGUCCUCGACAGCAAGAUCUAUGCAACCGGCGGGAUUGUCAGCAGCGAGGGGCCUGCUCUGGGCAACAUGGAGGCUUACGAACCCAAGACCAACUCAUGGACGCUCUUACCGAACAUGCCCUGCCCUGUGUUCCGGCACGGCUGCGUCGUCAUUAAAAAGUACAUCCAGAGCGGUUGAUGCUAACGGGACCGGGCUUUUUCCUAGUGAGGGGCGAACGCAAUUAGCCGAAGAGAGAGAACCAAGAGGCAAGCAAAUGCAAACAAUGAACUCAUUGCGCUCAACAUUUUUGAAUAUUCUCUACAUUGAAUGUAGAAAAAUCAUCCUCACCUUUUGGUGAACCAGGGGCGUGGCGCUCCGUGUUAUGUACGAUAGUGUGACUUUACGCUACAAGUGUGUCGCUCGAUAUCGGAGUGGCACCUGUUACGGGCGUAGGCUUUUCGAUCAACCCGCGUGCAAUAGAGUUUCACGUAUUUUUCACUGGGUGGGGAGAGAAUCGAGGUCUCUCCUACAGAGCAAGCUUGAUUCUUAAGUAACUUGUGCAGAUUAGUUAUACUCUUACAUGUUACACAUUGGGAUCUUUUGGGAUAAGGUCAAAGGGUCCUAAUCACUUGGCUUCCUCUCUGUGUUUUCAUCAAUUCCAUAUCUGCAAUGCCAAUGAGAGAGAGAGAAAAAAAAUCUAUCUUCUGUGGCACGAGGCUUUAAGGUUGAUUGUCAGUCUUUCCACCAGAGGAAAUUAAUACUCUAAGUCUCUGGUGCAGGAUGGAAAGGGUGGCAGGAGGGUCUGUAAGCCCUUCGUGGGUCUUUUCUUUUGUUUGUUUUUUGUUUUCUUCCUAUUUUUUUAGCUACGGGGGGAAAUGAGAUUGCACAUCAUUUUGCUAAUCCAAUAUGAAUUUCUUUCAGUUCCCAAGGCUGUUGAAGUGCUGGGUCAAAUCAGGUGACUCUAGGAAUGACCCUGUUGUGUCUUCUGAAAGUUGUUUAUAGAAGUUGACUACUUCUAAGAGGGGUAUAAACUCUAAUUUUUUCUACACAGAGAUGAGACUAGUCCCUUUGCUGGGAUACUCACCAUAAUCUUUAUUUUUUGAAGAAAGGAAAAUCAUACCCUCUUAGGCACUAAAAUGACAAACUCUGUAACUCCAGGGCAAGUCGUGGAAGCCUUACCUCAUGACCGUGGGAAAAGGAAAGCGAGCUUCUCUCUCCAGACUUCAAAGACGCCUGUCUUUUGUCAGCCCUGUAACUCGGGCGAACAGUGGAGAACCUGAGGCCCAAACUCGGCCUGGGAGUGAGUACGGGAUCACCCGUGAGCAGAGUAAGUGUAGCGGUAGCACAGGAGACUCUAUUUUUGAUAACUACACACUAAAAUGGGUCGAGCCCAAGAGCACGCACCCUGUGGACGGCCUUUCCGUAUUUUUAAAUGCGACAGGACUCCCAAGGCCUAGCUGCUACAAGCCAAGCUUCGGGAGAGCAGUAGCAGGAAGAGAAAAAUGCGAUCGGGGAGAAGAAGGGGAUGUCCCGCCUUCUUCCCAGAAGAGAGGGGGAGGGCCGCGGGUCCCUCCUUGAGGGUCUCAGAUUCUAAAACCUCAAAUGACAACCACAGUUUCUAUUCCAGGGCGUGGGAGAUGCUGACAUCUCGCUCUUGAGCAGAAGUUGAUACCAAAUAUCCAUUAACCGCUUUUACUCCAACAGGACUGACCUUAUGCAGCGUUGAGGAUCGGUACCAAUGGUUGACUAAUCUCACCUUGAUAUUUUGUGAGCCGAUCACUUAUAAAGAGCAGAUCAGAACAAAACAUGUACCUUUCCGUGUUUAGCCACACACACAGAAUGACACCGGCGCUGGAACCGGCAUCAACUUCUCCGACGACUCCCGUCACUUUUUUGGUCAGUGACGAUCCCAUCUUCGUUAUGCGGUUGUUUUGAAUAUUAUUUAUUCUUUUUUACAAAAGUAAUAAGCACAACGAUUCUACAUACAUUGUAUGUCAUUUAUUGAAGUAUUUAUGUCAAACAGGGUGCAAGUGUGAACCUACAGAUUGGAGCACAAGUUUCUAACUGCCUGGGGCAGGACUAAUUUUAGCGUUGGUGUGUGUCUGCCUCCAAAGGAGGUGCUAGCUGUCGAAAGGACUAAACACAUACAACAUUUCCAAUUUCGCUUAUCUCUUCAUCCUAUCACACUGGAGCAAAACUGGCUAUUUCUGUGAAUAUUAUAAAACAGGGUUAUCUGUAUUGUAUUGUACAUAGUUUAUGUUUAUUGUUAAGUUCUUGUUAUAUAUAAUAAUAAAUAUAUUUAUAGAUCUAGAUUCA